AUGAAAAAGUCAUCACAGCAAGGAAAGAAGAAAACAACAACAUCUCAAACCACUCCUAAAACAUCAACAACAAGUAAUAGUCUUGAAGAAACUAAAUUUAUUCAAGCAGAGAAUGAUAUUGCAUUACUUUAUGUUCAAUGUUCAUUAUUUUGGAAAAAGUUCGGAAAGGAAUUUACAAAUUGGUGGACAAAUCAAAUAAAAGAUGAAAGAAAGAGAAUAUUAUUAGAAAUAUCACCAGAUAUGAAAAUGGAAGCACCAUUAGAUACAUAUGAUCAUGAAUUUACAGAUGAUUUAUUACCUGAAUUCUUUUGGAAAGAAUUAUCGGAAAAUGAAAAAUCAUUAAUUUCACUUUGUUCAAUUUAUUUUACACUUUCUAAGGAUAAAAUUGAAGAAAUGGAAUAUAAAAGAUUAUAUGCUGCACAAGAUACAAUUUUUAAAAAGCUUCAAAUGCCAUAUGGUAAAUUUACUUGUUAUCAUGAAGGUAAAUUUUAUCAAAUUAAAAAAGGAGCAUCAGAACAAGAAAUUAAGAGUUUUUUAGCAAUUUCAACAGUUUGUGACGCAAAUACUAUCUUUUUAGUUCAUCAAAGAUUAGCUUUCCUUUAUACUACUUUAACUCUUGCAUGUGAUGCUUUCUUUGUUUCAAAGGGAGAAGAUGGUGAAAAACUUCGUUCUGAACUUGAAAUGGAAUAUCAAACUCUUUUAAAAUCAGCAACUACAUCCAAUAAGACUCCUUCACCAACUACUACUACUAUUACUGGUAGCAGUAGCAGUAGCAGUAGCUCAACAACUGAUGUCAAAAAUAAAUAA